GCGGAGAGCGCCCUACAUAGUAAGCCCGAGCCAGGCAGGGUCGGUCCCAUUAUUAUUCACCGCGGGCGGGGCAGAUCGGCCGCCCUGCAACAACGAAUAACGUCAACCUUUGGGUCUCCCGCGGCACUGCGUUUAACCUGAACCUCUCGUGGGGUCGCCGCUCCUCUCUAAUAUCAUUUAUUUGUCUAUUCGGUAUUCCUAGUUACCUUGUUACAACCUCCUGUCUUUUCAUCUCUAGUCCUUUCCCGGCACCAUCCCUUCUGUCCCGUGUCCGUCAGAAUGGCGCAUUUUCUGCGGGGAAAGCAGGCCGGCAUCCAGAAGGACUUCUCCGAGAACCUGUCGCCACACUUGUUCGCCCUCGAUGAUUUCGCUCGAUGUGGUAUAAAUUCUCGGAUCAGUGCUAUCGCGUACGAUCCCGUCCAGUCGCUCCUCGCUGUUGGGACAAGCGACACGCAGUUCGGUCACGGUCAAAUCUAUGUUUUCGGUCAACGACGGGUGUCGGUGGUCUUUUCGCUGCCUCGCAAGGCGUCCGCCAAGUUCAUUCAGUUCUGUGCCGACAAGCUGGUCAGCGUCGACUCCAAAAGCGAAAUCAGCAUCUUCUCCCUGGCGACCAGACAGACCCUGGUCUCUUACGCUCCUCCAAGUCAUGCCAGCGCAUUACUGACGGAUCCGAGCCUUGAUUAUGCAUUCAUUGGUCUACAGAAUGGAGACAUCAUUGCCUACGAUCUUGACCGCGAGACCUUGACACCGUUUCGAGUGCCCAACCUGUGGGCACAACGCAAUCCACGUGCUCGCCUUUGCCCUGUCCUCAGUCUCAGCUUCUCGCCCCGCGAUAUUGGUAAAAUAUUGGUUGGAUACCCGGAAGGUGCUGUGACCUUUUCGUUCAAACAGAACGUUGCCCAAAAGUAUUUCGAAUAUGAGGUGCCGCCGGGUGCGUUGGGUGGAAAUGGUGACGUUCCGUCGCCAGACUUGCGCAAACCUCGACUGACCAGGGCGCUGUGGCACCCAAACGGUAUCUUUGUUUUGACGGUGCAUGAUGAUAACAGCUUGGUGUUCUGGGACUCUAAGGACGGUCGCAAAAUAAUGGCUAGAUCGAUUCAAACUCCCAACAUUGACCAGCCAGGCGUAGCUCCCGAAAGGCCCCCUUCGGCUGGCACGGCCGGACUUAAGGACCCUAUCACUCAGAUCGCAUGGUGUGUCAAGGAUAACGGCGAUGACAGUGGACUCUUGAUCGCUGGUGGCCGACCAAAGGCUGAAGCCAACAAAGGUCUGACUUUCAUUGACCUGGGCCCAUCACCCAACUAUCAGACUUCUUCAUGGGCUAUCAUCUCGAAACAUUUUGAAACCCCCAAGCGCAGUGCAUUCCUACCUACUCCUCCAGGCGCGGAGGUAGUCGACUUCUGUCUUAUUCCGCGCAGCACUCCCUACUAUUCCGGUGGCCACGACCCUAUUGCAUUGAUCGCCCUUCUGUCCUCGGGAGAAGUAAUUACGAUGAGCUUCCCCAGUGGCCAUCCGAUCACCCCUACCAAUAUGAUCCAUCCUCACCUCAAUUUUGUGCACCCAUUCGUGAACAAGGCGACUCUUACUCCAGUCGAUCGCGCUGCCUGGCUGGGCCUGAAGGAAAAGAGGUCGCAGGGUCCCAAAUUCUUGCUCGGAGGAGCAGAGGCAAAGAAAGCCCUGAAGCGCUUUGAAGAUCGCAACGUCCUGACAACAUCUCAUGCCGACGGGACUCUUCGUAUCUGGGAUGUCGGUAAUGAUGACGAGAUCGAGAACGGAGACGUUAUCCAGGUGGACUUGGCCCGAGCUGUCGGCCGUGUUGGCAACAUUGAGGUGACUGAGAUGUCUUUGGGGGGCUCAACUGGGGAGCUUUCAGUUGGUCUUAAGACCGGUGAGCUGGUAGUCUUUCGAUGGGGAAGCAACCAGAACUUUGGUCGUGAGGAGCCUCCGGGUGCCAAUGAGGGGCCUGGAAGCUUGACCAAGAUCACUCACCGGGUCGACCCUGGGCUGAAACAGGGUAUCCUUCCGCUGACACUUUUGAACAUGCAACAAGGCCCAGUGACUGCCUUGAAGCACAGCCAAGUGGGCUUUGUUGCAGUUGGAUUCGAAGGUGGCAGUCUAGCGAUCAUUGACUUGCGUGGGCCGGCCGUUAUCCACACGGCACACUUUGCAGAAUUGCUAAAGGUAAACAAGCGAAGCAGUAUUUUCAAUAAGCGCAGCUCCGAGAGCCCUGCUCCUGAAUGGCCCACCGCCAUCGAAUUUGGUGUGCUAACCCUGGAAGGCGAAGAUUUUUCCAGCAUCUGCUGCUUUGUAGGUACCAACAGAGGUAACCUGGCAACAUUUAAGAUCUUGCCGGCAGAGAACGGAAGGUACAUGGCCACAUUUGUCGGAACAAGCUUGCUAGAUGAUAAGGUCAUCAAUAUCGUCCCCGUCAACGCAGACGACGGUGGCCUCGCGUUGGCCACGCCAAAUGCUGUUGGAGGCCUAAGAAACGGGACCCGAGUGAACGGUGUAGUCAUUGCUGUAACCGUUUCCGGCUGCAGGAUUUUCAAGCCAGCAACUUCCAAGGGCGCUCAUAGGUCCUGGGACGACUAUCUGUGCGAUUCUGCAGCGGUUGUCAAGACCGAGGCCCGUGGCUACAGUAUUGUCGGGCUCUUCGGAGACGGUCACACCCGGGCCUUCUCGAUCCCUGGUCUGAAAGAAAUCGGGUCAAGUCCGAUCAAUCAGAUUGCUGAUAUGAGACGCCUUUCGGAUGCCACAAUCUCCUCUAAUGGCACGGUCCUGGUCUGGACGAGUCCUUCUGAAGUAGGGUUGUUCAGCGUCUGGGGGGCUGGACACGGACUUCGACCAUCUGAAGACCAGCUUUACAACCCGCAGGCCGUCAUUCCCCCACGGCCCACAAUCACCAACAUCCAGUGGAUUUCUGGCACUCAAUACAUCUCUCCGGCUGAUAUGGACAUCUUGAUCGGAGGCCCUGAUCGGCCGCCGUCGAAACGGAUGCAGGAACAGAUGCGGAUGGACGAAGAAGAGCGCCGGAAGGCUUUCAGAGAAGGCCGGACUCCGACUAAUCAGUCCUCGAGCAGUAACCAGGAAGGCUACUGGUCCUACAUGCAACGUCAAAUGACGGAGCGCACCGAAAAACUCAACUUUGCGGGAGACAACAUGGAGCGGUUGGAAGAGAGCAGUAGUAACUUCGCCCGUGACGUGAACAAGUUUGUUCAGAAUCAGAAGAAGAAAGCAGUUCUCGGUGUGCUCGGCUCGAAGUUUGGCCUCUAGGAUACUCGCUAUCGCCGGCAACAUAAUGCUGCGAUCAAGCAUCAUAAUACAACAUUAGAACCAUUAUUCUUAUACAUACCCAUACUCUGUUGGCGUUUAGGAUCUUUACUUGUUCAUUUUUAUUCAAGCAUUGCACCAGAAUCCAGGGCGUGUAUCUAAUCAAAUUCAAAUCGUCUUUCGGUUCUUACUAGUCGAAAUUAUUC